AUGGCGGCAUUUUAUGGUUUUCUGGGAGUAGAGGGAAAAACCGUGAAAGCACAGAUCUGGGACACAGCGGGUCAGGAGCGGUACCAUGCCAUUACAAGUGCUUAUUAUAGAGGUGUUGUUGGUGCUUUACUUGUAUAUGACAUAACAAAGAGGCAAACCUUUGAUAUUCUUGCCGAGUUGGUGUCUACCACACCUUUGCAGGCACAACUACAAGCACAAAUGGAGGCACAAGCACAAUAUAUGCAGGCACAAUUGAAGGCACAAGCUGAUAUGCAGGCACAAAUGCAGGCACAAAUGCAAUUUUUGAGGAAAGAGAUAUUACCUGCCUUAAAGAUACCAUCACCAUCAUCAGUCAAAAAACUUGAGAAGAAUCAAGAAUGA